AUGGAUUUCAAGAUUGACUUUGGUGACACUGCUGGCGUGCAAACACGUGGGAAGAAAGCGGCCAAGAAGGCCGCCAAAGCCGCCCAGCAAGCCAAAUGGAUGGAAUCGGACAAUGAAGGCGACGGCAAUGCAGUCGGUGAUGGUGGUGACGGUGGCGCAGGUGGCAAUGGAGGGGGAGACAAUGGUUCGGGGGCUGGAGGUGAUGGUGAUGGCGAUAAUAAUGGAGGAGGCGAUGAGGACGACUGGGCAUAUGGUGGCGGUAAGAAGAACAAGAAGAAGACCGCUAAACAGAAACAGGAGGAGGAAGAGCAGAAACGAAAGGAGGAGGAGGAAGCUGCUGCCGCCAAUGCCGCAAACAAUCUGAGUUGGGCAGAUGAAGCCAAUGACGCCGCCGUGAACGACGACUGGACCACUGGUUUCGCUACUAAGAAGGACAAAAAGAAGAAGGGAAAGAAGGGCGUCGACGAGGCCCCUGCAGAAACCCCGGCGUCAACCGCAUUCCAGGACAUCAGCUUGGACGAUACUGCUCCUAAGCUAGACUUCAGUUUUGGCGGUGUUGACAGCAAAAAAGAUACGGGUGGGUUUGGGGCAUGGGGCAAGACUUGGGAUUUUGGUUCGCUUGAAAAUGGCACUACUGACAAAACAGAUUCCAAGAAAGACUCCAGGACAACCGAUUUCGGCGACAACAAUCCCUGGUCCGCUGGCAGCAAAUCAAAGAAAAAAACAUCGGCUUAUGGGACCGGCUUUGACUUUGAUGAGUUCAACGCCGAGGAACCGACUCUCAAUUUCGACGGCGACAUGGGCCAGUCGAAACCUGCCGAUGAUGCAUGGGGAUUCACAACCACGGGCAAGAAGGACAAGAAAAAGAAGGAUGAGCCUGUCUCACUGGUGCCCGAGCCCAAGGAGGAAACCUCCUGGGGGGCGUGGGGGACUAAGAGCAAGAAGAAGUCCAGUUUCUAUGGAGACGAUCCAGAGAUCCCACCACCACCUCCUCCAGCCGCGCCGGAGCCCGUCAGUGCCAUUGAUAACACUUUCGAUUGGGGCUUUGGUGGUGGCAAAAAGGGUAAAAAGGGGAAGAAGGACCUUAUCAGUGAAGUUCAAGAUACGGAUGAUCUUCUGGCUGUACCAGAACCCCCAGCAGUUGUGGAGACCAAAGCUGAUGGCAGUGAUGACUGGAUGUCCGCUGCUUGGGGCAAGAAAACCACAAAGAAAGGAAAGAAAGGAGGCAUUGAGGAUCUUUCCGCUUCAAUUGAUCUGGGGAAUGCCAUGGAUACCAAAGCAACCACAAAUGAUGCCCCGGCAGAAGACGACACUUGGGGUGCUUUCACUACGGCGAAGGGCAAGAAAGACAAGAAGGCCAAGAAGGGAUCAUUUCUUGAUGACUCCGUUCAAGAGGCCCCGCCGGCUCCUGAACCGCCAGCCGUUGCGAAUGACAUAUGGGGCACCUUCGACAAGAAAGACAAGAAGGGCAAGAAGGGCAAAUUUGCAAGCCCUGAGCCUUCUAUACCUGAUCCGGUUUUCGAGGCGGAGGCGGAGUUCGAGCCUAUACAAGAAGAACCCAAGGAACUCGGUAUGAGCUACAGCGACUGGAUGGCACUCUCAGCCAAAGACAGGAAAAAGAAGGAGAAGGAGUAUAUCAAAAAGGGGAUUCCAAUUCCUACAGAGCCUGAACCUGAACCCGAACCCGAGAUUCUCGAGGAGCGACAAGAGAAGCCCAUGAGUUAUGCUGACUGGAUUUCCCUGUCGACCAAAGAACGACGAAAGAAGGAGAAGGAGUACAAUGAAAAGGGUAUACCCAUUCCCACUGAAGCUGAGCUCGUUGAAGAGGAACCAGAAGAACAAGCCAUGAGCUACGCUGAUUGGAUCGCCCUGUCCAGUAAAGAGCGCCGGAAGAAGGAGAAAGAAUAUACAGAAAAGGGCAUACCAAUUCCAACUGAAGCUGAAGUUGUAGAAGAACAGCCGCUGGAACAGGCUAUGAGCUACGAUGACUGGAUGCUCUUAUCAACCAAGGAACGAAGAAAAAAAGAAAAGGAGUAUCUCGAAAAGGGUAUACCCAUCCCGACUGAGCCUGCGUUUAUCGAGGAGGAACCGACGGAGCAAGGAAUGAGUUACGCUGACUGGAUCUGCCUGUCGUCAAAGGAACGAAAAAGGAAAGAGAAGGAAUAUGCAGAAAAGGGAAUACUAAUCCCUCAGCCUGAGCCGGAACCCGUACCGGAUAUUCCUGAAGAAGCACCUGAACCGAAGGGCAUGAGUUAUGCCGACUGGAUGAAUCUGUCACUCCGUGAGAGAAAGAAAACGGAAAAGGAAUAUAAAGCCAAGGGGAUCCCGAUCCCUACGGAGCCUGAGCCUGAACCCGAACCACUAGCUGAAGAGCCUCAAGCAGAAGGGAUGAGUUACUCUGAAUGGAUGGCAUUGACACCAAGAGAGAGAAAGAAGAAAGAGAAGGAGUACAACUUUCUCGGUAUAGCUAUACCCACCGAGCCAGUACCAGAGCCCGAGCCAGUGGUAGAAGAGCCUGGCCCUCAAGGGAUGCCAUACUCUGAGUGGAUAGCAUUAGCACCAAAAGAAAGAAGGAAGAAGGAAAAGGAAUACAACCUCCUUGGCAUACCGAUACCCUUUGAACCUGAGCCCGAACCUGAGCCCGCCCUUGAAGAGCCCGAACAAGAAGGCAUGAGCUACUCCGAUUGGAUAGCUCUGACACCGAAGGAGAGAAAGAGGAAGGAAAAGGAGUACAACCUUCUUGGUAUAGCGAUACCUACCGAACCAGUACCAGAGCCAGAGCCCUGGAUAGAGGAGCCUAAGAAUGAGGGCAUGAGCUAUACUGAAUGGAUGGCCUUGACUCCGAAGGAGAGAAAGAAAAAGGAAAAGGAGUACCUUGCAAAUAACAUCCCUAUUCCCACGGAACCUCCUUCUGAGCCUGAACCUCCCGCGGAGGAGCCAAAAGAGAAGGCUAUUAGUUGGGAAGAGUGGAAUCUCCUUUCACUAAGAGACAGAAAAAGGCUGGAAAAGGAUUAUAAACUCAAGGGAAUACCAAUUCCUACCGAACCCGAAUUCGAGGCUCCACCUGAACCCGAGGUUGUUGAAAAGUCUAAGCAGGAAGGUAUGACAUACGCAGAAUGGAUGGCUCUUACACCAAAGGACAGGAAAAAGAAAGAGAAGGAAUAUAUCAAGAGUGGAAUCCCUGUUCCCACCGAGCCCGAAGUCGUCCUAGAGCCAGAACCAGAAACCAAAGAGGAUACGUGGGGCUCUUGGGGAGUCUCCACAAAGAACAAGAAAGACUCCAAGAAGAAAGAGUCGAGUUUCCUUGACUUUGGAAAUGAACCAUCAACGUCGGUCAACGAGCCUGAGGAGCAAGUAGGCGACAGUUGGUCCGCCUGGGGUUCCAAAAAGACUACCAAGAAGAAAGGCUUCCUGAACCCAAUCGACGAGCCAUCAUCUCUGAUGGACACGGCACCAGCUGCCAAAGACUUGGAUCUUUGGGGAGGAAUCGGGACUUCUUCGAAAGACAAGAAAAAGAGCAAGGGUUUCCUGGGCAUGGAUGAGCCAAUGGGAGGCACAGACAAUUUCGCAGAGGCGAAGGAUAACGACGGCUGGGGAAGCAGCUGGGGUGCUGCGACCUCCAAAGACAAGAAAUCGGGUUCGCAGAAGAAGGGCUUCUUGAGUUUUGACGACCCAGACCCUGUACCCGAGCCGAUGGCAGAAGUGGAGGGGAAAGCCGACGAAGGAUGGAGUCCUUGGGGAGCUACCGCCUCGGAUAAGAAGAAGAAAGACUCUAAACUCAAGGGCGCUGGUACAAUCGCUGAAUCCAAAGCUUCUAAGAAAGAUGAACCACAGGAGGAUACCUGGGGCUCUUUUGGAACUAAGGACAAAAAGGGACUGUCGAAAUCAAAGACGAAGACUGAACCACCCCCGCCUGUCCCCACACCACCUGCCCAAGGCCUUACACCAGAACCAGAUCCAAUGGACUUUGGAGACAAUGAUUUUGGUGGCGACACAUGGGCACCAUUGACUGCCACCAAGAGUAAGGCUUCCAGCAAGAGGAGCGAGAUUUCCAAGACUGCGACUGGGAAGGACAAGCUCAAGAAAGGGACAUUUUCUAGUUCUUUCAAUGACUUUGAUGAAGAUCCACCUGUUGUGGAAGAAGCCAUACCUGCGAAGACAGGGAAGAGCCUGUGGGGCUUUGGAGCUGCAGCUACCGCAGCGACCGUGACAACCGUCAAGCUGACCAAGAAAGAGAGAGAGGCCAAGGCGAAGAAGGAAGCAGAGGAACAAGCUCAGAGGGAAGAAGAGGAGCGGGUUGCACGCGAGGCUGAGGAGGCGGAAGCCGCCCGACUGGCUGAAGAAGAAGCUGCAAAGAAAUCCAAGAAGUCUAGCGGCAAAUUGACAAAGGUUGGUAGCAAGGGGAAAACAACCACAAAAGAACCGGCCGAGCCCGACCUCCUUGACAUGCUUGAAGAGCCCACCCCUGCGUCGAAAGCCGGGAAAAGUUCCAAGCUCAUCAAGUCGACUCCAGGCAAGGAGGAAGACAAGAAGGCCGACGACUACUUUGGAUUCUGGGGAAGCGGGUCUGGCAAGAAGACAGCUGGCAAGAAGGAGAUAGACUCCAAAAGGGAAAUUGCCAAACAGGGGUGGGCCAAUCAAGACGACACGCUAGCAGAGCUCAACGACGACUUUGACCUUGGACUUGACCUUGACAAGCCGACUACCUCUUCCAAGACUGCAAAGGUCAUGACCACUGGGAAGUCCAAACUUGGAGGUUCUGUGGCCGACCGCAUCAAAGCAUUGGAAGUCGGUAAAGAAGCAACCGGAAAGAAGUCGAAGGCAGGGAGUCCACUGACUAAGGACUAUCCUCCACCAGAGGGCGCGCUAUCGCCCAAAGAGGAAAGGAGCCAAGCGGACAAGGCAUCAGCCUCCAAGACAAAGCCAACCUCAUCAAAGGAGUCCAAGCUGACCAGGAAGAGUGGCAACGCGUCUCCCAUCACAGAGGAACGAAAGUCAAAAGACACUGUGCCUGGCAGUUUCCCCGGCGCGUUUGGCGACGACUUCGACGAAACCGAACCUUCUAUGCCUCCAUCUCCAGAGAAGACUAAGUCGAGGGCGAAAGUGUCAGAGAAGAAAGCCAUCAAGUCCAAAACUACGACCCCCAAAGUCUCAGCAACAAGGGAUCUGAAUAUCUUGGACGACGAAGCUGAAGGCCACAAGCUUCCCACUCCACCACCAGAGGACAAAAAAUCCGCCAAGAAGGAGAGGCCGAGAGUUGAACGAUCCGCAACGGCAUCUUGGGGGUUUUGGGGCGCUGCCCCUCCUCCUAAGAAGUCGUCCAAGGCGAAGUCGAAGGACGACGAGGACACUUCGACACCUUCCAAGAAGGAAAAGUCACCUCCUCCAAUGCUUCGAUCCAAGUCAACCAAGACGCCAAAGGAAAAGGAAAGCGACGACAAGAAAGAUUCCGAGAAGUUGUCCAAGUCUUCCAGCUCGGAUCAGGAGGGAAAGCCAAAAGCUGCUGAACGACCCAAGGCUGCUCGAGGCACAAGUUUCUCAAAUUUCAUGUUUGGUGGACCCCCUCCUUCCGCCAUGCGGUCCUCAGCGACGAAGCGACCAGGUAGUGCAGCAAGCUCGCGCCCAUCGUCGCGGCGCCAGUCACAAGAUGGUCUAGUAUCACCUCCGCCAGAGGACGAAAGCCCAAUGAAUUCCAAGGCCGCGAAGCUCAUGGGCAUGAAGACUGGGAAGAUGGAGCGUAGAACAUCAGUCAAGUCUAAGGGCAAAGGUCGGUCCCCCACUCCCGGAUCUUUUGCGAAAGUGCAAGGUAUUGACUCCGCUCUAGGUCCACCUGAUCCGUAUCCAAUUGACGACGACGACAUGGUGAUGAUCCACACACAUGAGGAUGCACCUGCUGAGAAUGGGACUGGUGCCAAGGUCAAGUCCAAGACUAAGGCUUCCAUACCUAAGAAAGAGGUAGGUGAAAAGUCCUCCUCUAUGCUUCCUGGACAUAUUGUCCGCCCGUCGUGGUCGCCAGAUUUCAAGAAAGAGCAGCAUGCUGACGGGAGGGUUUCGUUCACACAGAUUAAGUCGCAAAUCAGAAAUUUUUCCAAUGACCAUGAUGUCGUCAUGGUUGAACAUGGUGAUCCGCUCGUCACUAGCGGUCCUGACGAUCUUGCCUUUGUGGAUCAUCCUCCACAUCUCAAGAGAAGCAACACAGCGCCCAGGAAGUCGACUGGCUUUUUUGGGAGUCUCUUUGGUGGUGCAAAAGCCAUCGAUCCUGAACCAAGGCCGCGGAGCAUGACCUUAACGGAUGCCGAAGAUCAAGGUCUCCCUAUACGCUCCAAAGAUCGAUCCAGGAGACGAUCUCGAGCAGUGGAUGGUGACGGUUUUACCACAGACGCGCCUGCUGAGACUGACGCUGAUGUUGAAGCACGACGUAUCGCGAGAAGAGCGAAGCGGGAGGCACGCGACCAACAGGAGGAGGCAGGACGAGCAGAACGGGAGCAAAAACGGCGGGAGAGGCGAGAACGAGAGAAGGCCGAUCUUGAAGCGCAUCAACGGAAAGCACGUGAACGAGCUCGAAAGGAGCAAGAAGCAGAAGACCAGCGACGCGAAGAGAAGCGAGCUCGUCGGGCUGCUAAGGAAGCUCGUAUCCGACGAGAAGAGCUCGAGAUGAGUCAAGAGGCCGACAGAAAGCGUGAAGAACGAAGACGUCUUCGUGCUCAACUCGAAGCAGAGGACGGGGCCAAUCAUGAGAUGUCGAAGGAGGAACGUCGACGCGUGUACGAGGAGGAGGAAGAUGAGCGCAAAAGGCGAAGGGAGUACAAGUCAAGAGACAAAGACCGAGCACGUUCUAGUCGACAUCGCCCCAGUGCUCUAGCUGAGGAAUACCACGAGAGUCGAAGUGGUGGCGGCAAAGGAACUCCACCGCCAGCCAAUAAGACCAGCUCUUGGGUCCAUUCACAAGCAGAUGAACCACCCGAGUUACCACCAGUCGCAGAGACAAUCUUGGACCCCAGCGGUGAGAAGCCUCGUCCCGCCGAUGAUGACUAUGACCAUAAACGGAGAAGUCGAAGGCGCGACAAACACGGUGGAAUGACCGAUGCCGAGGCCGAAGAAUAUCGGGCAAGGAGAAAAAGCUCCAGGCGUGCUGAAGGCAAAAGCCACAGUGGUGGCAGUGACGAGCGCGAUCGAGAUCCAGACCGAAGAGAGCGGCGAAGACACCGUGAUAGAGACCCGGCUGAUGAGCGAGGUUCUGGUGGUGGCUACGGCUACGACGAAGCCCCGGUCAAGACAUUCGAUGGAAGACCGACGCUGGGGAGGAAUGACAGCAAACGAAGGAGUUUCCUCGGCGGGUUCUUCUGA